AUGAACAAACAAAAGAAACCCGUGCAUGCUUUGUCGCUGCCAUAUCCCGACCCAGAAUGGCCUGCAAUUACUCCCGACCAAGAACAAGCGAUCCUAAGCCUACUACUUCCUCUGCUCCAACCGAUCGGUGCAUUCAAGCAAGACAAUGUCCCUCGUUCAAAGGGUCAAGGAAGAGCUGGAAAAACACAAACAAAAGGGAAUGAGACGAUACCGGAAUUGUACGAGCAUCUGACCAUUGGGUUCAACAGUACAGUUCGCAGACUAGAGGGUCUGGCUCGUGGUCAGAAGCCUGAGGUGUUUCCAGCUGUGACUACCCUCCCACCGCCACCAGAUCAGAUCUCAAAUCUUUCACUGGUGCUUGUAUGUCGCCGUAACCUCCCAGACAUCAUGACAUCUUCAUUGCCGCUGCUGGUGGCUACUUCCGCCCCGUUAGCGAACCGCGCCAGAUUGAUCGAAGUGUCCCCCCAGGCAGAAUCCAAAGUUGCGCAGGCGCUACAACAACCACGGGUUGGGGUGCUAGGGGUCGAAGCGGGUGCCCCUGGUACAGAAACACUAUCGCGAUUCGUGACUGAUACCAUUCCCACAGUCGAGGUCCCCUGGCUCGAUCGACCGCAUAAUCCCACUUACUUUCCAGUCAAGGUCAAGACCACCAAUGGCUGA